AUGUGGAUCCCCUUCUUGGGAAUCUUCGUGGGCAUUACUCUCUGGAGUCAGUGGUUCCCCAUCCCGGGUUUCACUGCUCCAGAGCAGUCGUUCAUGCGGCGUCUGUCUGGUACGUUCCAGCUGACGAUGGAGUCUUGGGCCUUCUGUGACCUGGUGAACGCUGCCGUCUCCAAGCAAGCUUCCCAGCGCGAGCAUCCUGUAUGGGAGUCACGUUCUCACGUUGGCCGUGGGUAUGCAAACUCGACGGAUACGGUUCUUAACCUUGGUACGGAUGUCAUCAUCCGGCCUGGACUGGUCGAUGAUAUGCCGUCCUGGUUUCCAACCCCGUUCCUGGUACCCAUCCCGGUCUCGUCUUGGUCAAGUGACGGAGUGACAUCUUCUGAUCCCGAGGAACCUGUCGACAUCCACAAGCUUGGAUCCAAGCCUAGGCAAGGCUUCUUCGCCACGUUGUUGUUCAUCGGCGUUUGGUGUUUCGUCCAAGUCCCCUGGGCCUUGAUUGCUUACCAACGGCAUUUGUAUGACGGACUUGAUACCUUGAUUGAGUGGAUUCUGAAGGUUCUCGAGGGCCAACCGCAAAUUGCACGUGUGCAAUUUGUGGCCGAGGAUGGUUCAUCUUCCUUCGACAAGGAGAUGGAUCUUCUGAUCGCGGGCCCAAUGGAAACUGACGAGGAAAUUCUUUCUUGGGUCAUGGCUGCAGACAACUGUCCCGAAUCUGUGUCCCAUGUGUCGAUUCUCUCUCAGUCUGGAGGUAUCUGGGUCCACCGGAUCACCAAAGGCCAGGGAGAUGAGCAGUCACCGGACCCAGAAUCGGCGUGCAAUACCACCGAGCCGGUUAACACUACGGAUGACGCUCGCGCGAACUUGGUCUCUCGGAAUCCUUGGAACUCGACUGAUCUCUACGCCUCCGACCAUGACAAUUCUCCGGCUCCGGCUGAGAAUCCGAUUGGCAACGGUGCGGAAGAUGAGCGUCCUGAUUCCACCCCGGCGUAUUUCAGCAGGAGGAACCGUCCGUCGCAAGCAAAGAGACGUCGCGAUGCAAAGAGGGCACGUCAGGAAAAGAAGGAACUAAAGCAUUCUAGUGUUUUAGCCUCUUACGCUUCCAGUGCUUCUCUUGCGAUGUCUUCGAGCUCGACGCCGCUGUCGGCUUUGGCUCCGGUAUUCGUCCCUGGUCGCCUGGCGGAGCAGGAUGAUCCGCAGAGUGGUCCUCUUUCUCCAACUCCCUUGUCCACGAAUGUGGACAUUGAUCCUCCUGCGGACUGUGGUACGACUUCGCCCGAUGACAACGCCCUUACCCAGCAGUCCCGCCGCCGCCGUCGCCGUCGACAGCGUCCUGCCUAG